AGGCGAUCCAGGGGUUUCCAUGGCACUGGGAUAAACAGGAGGAAACAGUGAGGGAAUCCCGUUAUUUUACAGCAUUCAAAGACUAUAAACACUCGGAGCAGGGAAGGAAGUGGCCUUUCCCUCUCUAGUAACCCACAUCUCAGAGCAGAGAACUGACUUCACUUCAGGAACACACUCAGCCCGGUUCGGAUCCCUCUUUGCACCCCCAAAGCCACCAAGGAGAGGCGAGCAACGGGGGGUGCCUCUCUUCGGGCAGCCUGGGUUGAAUAUGGUUAAAGAAGAUUUUUUUUUCCCCACUGCCACUGAGUAAUUAAAAAAAAAUCCUAAUGCAGAGAGAAGCUGCCUGCAGGCUGGUACAUUACCACCACAUCAUGAGGUCUAUGGAUCAAGAACCUCGCCAAUAAUGUCACCACGAACAAGCAUCACGGAGGAUACCUGCUUGGGACCACAUUCACCAUCACCCCGUCCCAACUCAAGGUCUUCAUCGCCAGGUGCAAAACGGAGGUACUCUUGCACUGAGCUCUACAACACUCAGCCGCCUUCCACUUCUCCACGACAGUCAAGGACCCCUUCUCCACAAGCCUCUCCUCACAUCCCUUUGAGAGAAGACAGCUCUUUGCUCACUUACACCCAGUUGCCCAGCUCUUCUAGUCUCAUGGAUGCUAUGAACAACCUUAGCACGGAUCCUCCCUGUGGUGUUCCCAUGAAAAUUUGGAAAACCAGCCCUGAUCCCCCAUCAGUGCCUUCCCACAAAAACAGCAUUCCAGCAUUCUUUCAGACCGUUGAUUACCUUGGGCCUUGUGAUCAGGAAGACAGGAGAAACUCAGCACCUGAAUCCAUUUUGUUAGUACCUCCGUCUUGGCCAAAGCAGCUGGUGCCUGCAAUACCCAUCUGCAGCGUACCUGUUGCAUCCCUCCCACCUCUUGAGUGGCCACUCUCCAAUCAGUCUGGCUCUUAUGAAUUGCGCAUUGAAGUGCAGCCAAAACCUCACCAUCGGGCACACUAUGAAACAGAGGGGAGUCGAGGGGCAGUCAAAGCACCAACGGGGAGCCAUCCUGUGGUCCAGCUUCAUGGUUACAUGGAGAACAAACCCCUGGGCCUUCAGAUCUUCAUUGGGACAGCAGAUGAACGGAUACUUAAACCUCAUGCUUUCUAUCAAGUCCAUCGCAUUACGGGCAAAACUGUUACCACCACCAGCUAUGAGAAAAUCAUAGGCAACACCAAAGUUCUAGAGAUCCCCCUGGAGCCCAAAAACAACAUGAGAGCAACCAUUGACUGUGCAGGGAUUUUGAAGCUGAGGAACGCGGACAUCGAACUGCGGAAGGGGGAGACGGACAUUGGUAGGAAGAACACCAGGGUGCGGCUUGUCUUCCGUGUGCACAUCCCUGAAUCCAGUGGCAGAAUAGUCUCUUUGCAAGCGGCAUCUAAUCCCAUCGAAUGCUCCCAAAGAUCUGCUCAUGAGCUUCCAAUGGUUGAAAGACAAGAUAUUGAGAGCUGCCUAGUUUACGGCGGACAGCAGAUGAUCCUGUCUGGUCAGAAUUUCACAGCCGAGUCUAAAGUUGUAUUCACUGAGAAGACGUCAGAUGGUCAGCAGAUCUGGGAGAUGGAGGCAACAGUGGAUAAAGAUAAGAGCCAACCUAGCAUGCUUUUUGUAGAGAUACCAGAGUAUCGGAACAAGUACAUCCGUACACCUGUGAAGGUGAAUUUCUAUGUCAUCAAUGGGAAAAGAAAAAGAAGUCAGCCACAGCAUUUUACCUAUCACCCAGUACCAUCAAUCAAAACAGAGCCCAUUGAUGACUAUGAUCCAGCUUUAAUCUGCAAUACAGUACACAGUGGUCUGGGAACAGUAACACAGCCUUACUAUUCACAGCACACAAUGGUCAGCGAAUCCCCUUCCUGUCUUGUGGCCACUAUGGCUUCCUGCCAGCAGUUGCGUUCAAGCCUGUCUUCUACUGAUUCUCGAUAUCAUCAGCAGAACCCAGCAGCUGUAAUAUACCAAAGAAGCAAAAGUCUCAGUCCUAGCCAACUAGGCUACCAGCAGUCCAGUUUGAUGGCCACACAGGUUUCCAUUUCAGAUGCACACAGGUCAGUGCUGGUGCAUGCUGGUUCCCCAGGCCAAACCUCAGCUGUGCUCCACCACUCUCCAGCCAGUCCACAACCUUCUCCCGUGAUUCACUAUUCUCCAACCAAUCAGCAGCUGAGGUGUGGAAGUCAUCAAGAAUUCCAGCAUAUCAUGUGCUGCGAAAAUUUUACCUCUAAUGUAGCAAGACCCAGCCAGCCUCAGGUCAGUCAAGCACAAAGGAUAAGUCCAAGUUCAUAUCCUACUGUGAUUCAGCAGCAGACAGCCACCAGCCAGAGAGCAGCAAAAAAUGGACCGCCCGUUAGUGAUCAGAAAGAAGUGUUACCAGCCGGAGUCACUAUUAAACAGGAACAGAACCUGGACCAAGCCUAUCUGGAUGAUGUUAAUGAAAUUAUCAGGAAGGAGUUUUCUGGACUCCCUGCCAGAAAUCAGACGUAGAAGAAGAGAUUUGUGAGACAACUUUUACUGAAUCCUUCCAUAACUGACCUGUUUAGAUCCUUCCACUGCCCCUUCAACCUCCUGCUUCCUUAAUCGUUCAUCUCAAGGCACCGAUUCAAUGCAAGGAACAAUGUAUUGGCAUCAAGCUGACAGCCUUGACUAAGCAACUCGCCACCUUUCUCUGUAAACAUCAAAAGGACACCCUUCCUUUAGUCCAAAGAUUGUAUUGUUCUCAUAUAACACGGUAUGUGUCUUGCCUGCUGCAAAUAUAUAUAUAUAUAUCA